UCCGUUAGUUGCCAAAGGCAUCUCCAUCACCCAAACGAUAAACACAGCAGGGAGGAGCGAGAGAAUGAAACUUUUGCAUUGCAACGGCCUCCUCUCCUCCUCCAUGCUGCUUCUCCUCGCGGCCAUCUUUGCGCUGGCCUCGUGGGAGCAGGCCAUGGCGUUUGAUCCUAGCCCUCUCCAAGACUUCUGUGUCGCUGACAUGAACUCGCCUGUGCGAGUGAAUGGAUUCCCUUGCAAGGACCCGAUGUCCGUCACCCCGGACGACUUCUUCAACGCAGCCAGGCUCGACCAGCCCAGGAACACCAUGAACAGGUUCGGGUCCAUCGUCACCAACAUCAACGUCACGCAGUUCCCCGGCCUCAACACCCUCGGCAUCUCGCUCGCGCGCAUCGACUACGGGCCCCUGGGCGUGAACACGCCGCACAUCCACCCCCGCGCCACCGAGCUCCUCACCGUGCUCGAGGGGACGCUCUACCUCGGCUUCGUCACCUCCAACCCCAAUAGGCUCUUCUCCAAGGUGGUCAAGAAGGGGGACGUGUUCGUCUUCCCCAAGGCCAUGAUCCACUUCCAGAUGAACCUGGACCACCACAAGCCCGCGGCCGCGUUGUCGUCGCUCAGCAGCCAGAACCCCGGGGUGAUCACCAUCGCCAGCGCGGUGUUUGGAUCGCAGCCGCCCAUCUCGGACGAUGUCUUGGCCAAGGCGUUCCAGGUGGAGAAGAACCUCAUAGAUUGGCUCCAGUCUCAGUUCUGGGAGAACACCAACUACUAAUAAUCCUAGUGGAUUAGUGCCCAAGUUGCCCUGCAUAUAUAAGUACCUGUGCCAGAGUUUGUAUCUACAGUAUUGUUUAUGUGAAAUAAGUGGCAUGUAGUACUUGCAGGUGCCUGCGAGCCGUGGUGUGUUGUGUGUUAGUUCUGGUGGUGGAGCGUGAUUACUGUUCACCUCUUGAAAAAUAAAGUACAAGGAAUACAAUUACUUUGUGUACUUUUUUUUUA